AUGGAAACUCCAGUUCCGGAAGUGAUUCAGGGUAUCGUUAAUUUCCAUCUUGGUGUCACUUUAUCGUACUCCACAGCGUUGCGCGAAAAGAAUCUUGCGGUUUGUGAUAGACGUGGUAGUCCGGAAGAUAGCUACAAGAUGAUGAAUUGCUAUUUGUACGUGUUAGAGCAAGUGAAUCCGGGAACAAAAACCAGUUUGAAAUUGGAUGAGGCAGGUAAAUUCAAGUACCUCUUCCUAGCCUUGGGAGCUUGCAUUGAAGGGUUCGCAGUCAUGAGGAAAGUGAUAAUUGUGGAUGCGACAUGGCUAAAGAACAGAUAUGGAGGUGUUCUUGUAUUCGCCAAAGCUCAAGAUCCUAAUAGUCACAAUUAUCCCCUUGCGUUUGUAGUACUAGAUGGAGAGAAUCAUGCUAACUGGACUUGGUACUUCGAGAACCUAAAAACUGCUAUACUAGACUCUUCAGAACUGGUUUUCAUGACUGACAGAAAUCAAAUCAUGAUCUUCGCUAUAGAAAACGUGUAUCCACAGGCUCACCAUGGUCAUUGUUUAUGGAAUUUGAAGGAAAAUGUGAAAGGGCAUGCUUCAAACGUCAACAAAGAUGUAGUCGGGCAUAGAUUCAUGGAGCUGGGCAGAUAUUACACGUUGGCCGACUUCGACUCUGCUUACGAGUCAUUUAAGAGAACAUAUCCUUGGGCUUGGAAAUAUGUAGAGGAGCACACUGAAAAAGACAAAUGGGCUAGGGUGUUUUUCCACGUGACAGGAUCAGUCGAAACCAAACUGGUGCCUCUGGUUGAGAACUACUUGCACGAUCUAUGGGCUGUCGCACGAACGCUACCUGUGCGGGAGUUUAAUAGUUACGAGUUCGAAUAUGAGGUCACCAAUAGUGAUGGAAAUAUAUAUUUGGCGAAUUUGGUUGCAAAAUCUUGUACUUGUAAGGUGUGGGACUAUGAAAAUUUUCCUUGUCUGCAUGUAUUGGCUGCUUACAUAUAUUACACUAAGGACAUUGUUGGCAGGCGCCGUGAUAUCCAUAUAGUAUAUCAUGAGCUCUGCUCAAAAUACUACUGGGCCGAACUGUGGGCAUUGGCAUAUUCCAGGACACUUUAUGUUGUGCCGGACAGGUCUUCAUGGAAUGUACCAUAUCACAUCAAAGAGAUGGAGAUUAUACCUCCUGAUCGCAUCACGCGGAAGGGAAUGAAAAGAUUUAAAAGGCAUCCAACUUGUGGGGAACAGCGUAAAAGGACACAGAACAAAAGGCGGCCAAGACAAAACUAUGGUUUCAAUUGGUUGUUAUUUGGAAAUGUUAGUGCCCCCACAGCAUGA